UUCGUCACAAUGAAUGCUACAUGCCUCUCCCAUAAAACGAGAAAUUAUAUGAUUGGACCGCUAAAACUCUACGUUAUUUAUAGCCAUUCAUUUAUUUUUACCUCAAAACUCUGUCGUCUAUUAUAAAACCUAAAUACUCACUCAUAUUAAAAUAUAUAUCUUUUCUCUCCCCCAGGAAAUGGAUAGAGAUCUAGCUCUCACCAACCACCGUAAACCAUCGUACUUCACCGGUCGAUGCUUGAGUUCUCCGUCGUCUUGUCUCUCGUUACUACACAGGGAAACCGAGUACGCUCGAAUCAGUAACCACAACAAGAAGACAAGGUCAAGUCCCAGAUUAAGGAAUCUCCUUAGAAGGCUAUUGUUUUUGGUUACAAGCUGCGGACUCGAGAACGCAAAACCGAAGAGGUUGAUAAAGUUUCACUACGAUGCUGUGAGUUAUGCUCAGAACUUCGACGAUGGUUUUAACUUGCGCGAUGAUGAUCGUAAGGGUUUCAGAAGUCUCCGAACACAGAGUCUACAUCAGUAGCUAAUAUCUUAUAUUUGCUCUCUUUUUAUUUUGUUAAAUUAUAUUUUCGGACGUGGUAUCAAAUUUCGUAUGUACCCUCGAGUUCUGUUAAUUACAUAUAUGUAAUCUGAUAAUUUGGUAUUUGUUUGAGAAAGAUGGUCCCUGCCGUUUCUUUAUUUACAUUUGUACCCGAGAGGUUUUUAAUUACAUACGUAUCCAUGUACUUUUGGUUAAUGAGUAUAAUACCCGUUAGAUA